AUGGUGGGUUCGCUCGCUUUUCUCUCGCUUUUCAUUAAUUUCCAGACGGACCGUCUCUACAUGGAGCACGAGGCGGGCGCGGCUCCGAUGCUCCAGCCGGGCACGUGUUGUGCUCAGUUUCGUCUGCAGAAGAUGUUGAGUGUCGGCGGAUUCGGCCAAGUUUUCGAGGCGUCUGUCGUCGGGACGCGGGGCGAGGAGAAGAGUGUGGUGAAGGUGGAGGCGCAGGCGGCCUUGGUACGGUUCUAGGGACUAGCUUUUUCUGGGCAACACGCUCUCCAGAGCUGACAAUGAGCGCAAGUGCGCCCCGCCCAAUAGAGCGAUACAUUGGCGCGAAAUUCAAAUUUUAACAGAAAAAUUUGUGUUUUUUUCCAGAUUAGCCUCGAAAAACCGAUAAUUUCUCAUUUGUCUCUCGAUAGACCGAUUGUAUAGGCUAUUACGAAUUUUUUAAGCGCAAGAGCGUUAAAUUUGGUCAAGUCGCAAAUCACAUUUAUCCUUUGGAAGGUUUUUGGCUAAAACUGCGUGAAUUUCAGUUGCUUUUCGGUAAUUUUCGCGGUUCGAGCGCUCAAAAUGCUUGUAUUUACGUGAUUUAUCAUUCUCAAACCCAAUUCUGUCUGAAAACGGUCAAGAAAGCGCAAAAUGAGAAGUGCGAUUUUUAGGCGGCGAUCGGCGGCGAAGGCGAAAAAGCAAAGUCCGCGAAAAAUGCGCCAAAACGUCAUUAAUUCUGAGAAUUAGUGUGUUUUCAUGUGGAACAAUCAUUUUUCAUCGCCUUUGACCACAAAAAUCAGAGAAAACCUGCUCAAUUUAUGAAAACGCCAUUUGGCCGAGGCCACGCCCAUAUUGUCAGCUCUGGAGACCGUGCGCGGCAAGGUUAUCAUUUACAGUUCCAACUCCUGUUCAAUGAGUGCGCGUGUCUCAAGAGUCUGAACGCGGCGUUCAAUCCUUCGAAUCUUCCCGAUUCGACUCCGUUCCUUCGGUAUCACGGCUACGGAACCAUCGACGGAUUCCGUUGGUUGGCGAUGGAAAAGUGCGGAGAGAAUCUGACCGAUCUGAGAAAGGCGACGCCGUUGAAUCGAUUCAGGUAAGCGCACAAUCUAAUAAAGAACACGCGCGUAGCUCCGGAGCCUCGUACAGUGUCGCCACAUCGUUGUACAUUCUGUCCAAGUUCAUCGAGGCGCUUCAAAUGAUGCACAGUAUCGGGUGGCUGCAUCGGGACGUGAAGCCGGCGAAUGUGUGCGUCGGAUUGCACUCGCCACGUCAUCUCUACCUGCUCGACUUCGGGAUGAGUCGCAUUUUUGUGGAGAAAGACGGGAAUCUGAAGGCGCGGCGGGUGACGGCGCCGUUCCGAGGCACCCUCAGAUACGUGUCCGUCAACAUUCAUCGUCGACAGGUUUGUAUAGGGGCGACCAGAAAAAGUUAGGCUAUCAAGAAAUUCUAGGACGCGAGUCGAUGGGACGACAUCUGGAGCGCAUUCUACAUUGCCACGGAGAACAUGGUCGGCUUUCUGCCGUGGCGUCGAAUGGGUGACGCGAAGCUCGUCGAGCAGACAAAAAUGAGCACCGAUCUGGCCGUUCUCAAGUACGGAUCGGAGGGCGCGCGGCCGAACAGCAUGCGUCUCAUCGAGGACUACCUCGCCGUUUCCCAAUCGGAUCCGUCCUACUUCUACCAGCCACCGCCCUACGAGAUCAUGAUUCGAGAGAUUGUGAGUGUUUGUGUACGCCAUGGCCCAGUUUUAUACAAUUUUUUGGUUUCCUAGGCUACGGACCUGCGCCUCCGCGGUUUCUCUGCACUUUCAACGGUUCCUCUGGAUUGGCAGAAUGUUCAGUACGCGCCCACGCAUCAAUACCACUACUACCCGAGCACUCCGAAGAUUUCAGUUCAGAAGGCGCCACGUCAUCGCCAAGAGUACGAGCGUUCUGUGUGCUUUUACUAG